CUCCCCUUAUUUUUCACAUUACAUUCUAUAUUCAAACAAUGACAAUUUUGUUUUCAGGAAAUCAGUUUCAACCUCUAAAGUCCCAGCUUACAAGACCUUGGUCUGAAUUAGCAAAGUCUGCGAAGUACUACUACAUCAGCAAGGCCAAAGAAGCUGUAAUGAUAGUUCUGUCCAUCAUAGCCCCAGGACAAGAAAACACCAUUCUUGCCAAAAUUUGUCAAACAUCUGAAAAUGAGAGCAAAGAAAUAGACAAAGCCACACAACAGUUGAUAGAGGCCUAUCAUGCCACAGCAGACAAAAAAACCCAACAGCAGAUCCUGUCAUUGUUUGUAAACAACUUUACAAAGCAAAAGCUUCUUCAACUUAUACCAUCUCUUACACAGUCCAAAAUUGAUGCAGCUAGAAAACAUGCCUCAGUGAUAGGACCAGGACAAAUGCUGAAUCCACCAAAGAUAUACAGAAUACGUCUGACCAGACCAAAAUUGCUGCACUUUAUUGAAUAUGUAUCUAUGCCCUCUAUUUCCCAGGUUCUUCGUUUUGGUGCCAUGCAAUUACAUUUGUCAAGUGGAGAAAAGGUACAGAUUCCAAAGGUCAUCAGAUAUGCUGUGAGUGCCAGAAUCAUUGCAAACUAUCAAGAGUAUUGCAAGGAAUCGGAUUUCGAAACUUUCAGCCGUGCUUCAUUGUACAGAAUCCUCAAAGCCUGUCGAGCAUCAAAAAGGAAAGCAAUGCAUGGACUUGACAACACCACAGCCCUUGGAAUGGAUGCCAUGGAGUCAUUACAGAAGGUUGUGACAAGACUUGUUGAAUAUGGAAUGGAGACAGAGAAAAAAGAGAAUCUGAUUGACAUGAUCAACAUCUGUAAUCAGCAUUUGAAAUUUGAUGUGAAGAGCCAUUUUAGCAGAAGUUCUUCAUGCAGUGAUCAUUGUACAAUGUUUGCCCUGAGUGAUCCAGCAGACAAAUGCUUUUCAAGUAAUUGUGACCAUGACCAUUCAGACACUUGCUCUAAUUGUGUUUUGACAGACAAACUUACAGAGUGCAUCAAGGAAGCCACUGAAACAGUUCAAAUACCAUCUGAGGAUUUAAUGGAGGAAUUGCAGCAUGAAAUUGUCAUGGCAACAAAAGCCAUCAAGGACUGGUAAGCUCAUCUUCUCAGAACUGUUCAUCAAGAUUUUGCAAGAUCAGAUGUCUAACAACACCUUGACCUAAACCAAGGACUUCUGAUAAUGGAUUGGGCCAUGAAAUUCCUUCCUCUCCAGUACAGAGAAACACAGUCAGAUUUCUUCGGAAAAAAGGGAAUUAGUUGGCAUAUAUCCUGUUUAAUUACUCAGAAAAGUGACCCUGAACCAACAGCUAGCACCUUGCCAGACCAUCUUGACUUGAACACCUAUAUCCAUAUCCUUGAGAAUGGAAAUCAAGGCUGGUUUUCUGUUGCUCAUAUCAUUAGACACCUUCUUCCAACUUUGUCAGAGCAAUUUCCAAACCUUCAAGAGAUCUUCAUAAAGACGGAUAAUGCUGGAUGCUACCACUGUACACCACUCAUCUCAUUUAUCAGUAAGAAUUACUGCCAUUUUCCUAUUACCAUCAAAGAGUUCAACUUCAGUGAAGCACAAUCUGGAAAAGAUCUUUGUGACAGCAAAACUGGUUCUUGUCGAAUGCAUGUGGCCCGAUUUCUGGAUGAAGGAAAUGAUGUUCUGUCUGCCUCGGACUUGAAAAGAGCUUAAGAAAGCAAUCAUGGAUUGAAAGGAACUAAAGCUUGUGUUAUCUCCAUUGACAAUGCAGAGGAACCAAAAAUAAAAUCCAAAAUCCCUCAGAUUAGCCUUCUGAACAACUUCAUAUUUAAUGUGGAUUCAAUAAUUAUUAGAAAGGCAUACCAGGUUGGUUGUGGAAGGCUCAUUGAGACAAAUCCCUUGAAAGAUCAACAUCUUGAUGUGAGAGGAAUGAAGGGUUUCCAGGUUUUAGAAGAAUUUCCGUCCCACGCAGUUGAUACUGGACAAGUUCUUAUGAGAAAAAGAAACUCUAACAACAAAAAUGAAGCUGUCGGUGAGCAGGAGCAGGAUCAGAGGCAACUGAAUGAUGAAUUGUAUUCAUGUCCAGAUCCCUCUUGUCAGAAACAGUAUGUAAGGUCUGCCAAUCUCGAGAAACAUCUCGCUUUGGGAAACUACCUUUACAGGAAAGCAGAGGAAACUGCGAUUGAUUAUGGCAUUAAAAUCUGGGUUGAGAAGUGUUCUGCCAUUCGAAAAAAGAAACUCACAUCAGUGAGACACUGACCUCUCACAGUCAUGAUAUCUCUUCCCAAAGUUCAGGAGGGUGGGCAUUAAAAUCUGCAAGUAAAUGCUGCAGGUUCUCGCAAAAUGUAUAAGACUAUGUAAAGCAGAUUUUUGACAACUGUGAAAAGACAGAGAAACGCCCAAACUAUGCAGCCUUAAGUGGAGAACUAAAAAAAAGUUUCCGAUGAAAAUGGAUGUCACCUCUUUGGGCCACAUGAGUGGCUGACAGCAAAUCAGCUAAGAAACUUGUUUGCUUCUUACAUUAAUAACAAGAAGAAAAAGUGCAAAGGCAGAGAGGGUAAAAGUCUUUCAGUUGAAUUAGCAGAUACAGAAAGCAUUGUGAACGAUGAACACCUCCAAGAAAUUGUCAUGAAUCUCAAGGCAGAAGAACAUCACCAGAUUGUAUCAGCUUUGUAUGAAAAUGUGUUAAAUGUUGUAAAUGCGUAAUUUCGU